AGGGCCCAGCGUGCUGAUAACUUACUAUCCCCCAGCAGCAUCGCAGGCUAUCCAGGCCAGUACAGCUCAACUCUGCUACCAUGAAGACCUGCCAAGUCCACUGUGUCCUUGUUCUUCUGGGACUGGUUAUGGGCCUUUGCUACCCCAGUGCUGCUUCACAACCAGACCUGCGCUACCGGAGCUUCAUGCAAAGAGCCCACACCGCUGCUAUGAGCCCACAGGACUGGAACAGGCGUGUGGUGGAGGACCUGCUUUCUAGAUUGGCCCCCCCUGAAGAUGACACUCCCCAGAGUGAAAUGUCCACAGCAGAGGAAGGAGAAGAAACGCGUGUAGAGCUGGAGCGCUCAGUGGAGCCCAACAACCUUCCCCCACGAGAGCGCAAAGCAGGCUGCAAGAACUUUUACUGGAAAGGUUUUACUUCCUGCUGAGUUUCCUUCCAGUCCCUAUCAAGUAAUCCUAGUCUCUCACACCCCCUACCCUGAUAUAUGCUGAAUAAAUCUAAGAAGCAGUUUUACUUGACAAUUUAUCACAUUGUACUUAAAUAAGUAAAUAACAAAAUAAAGUGCAAGACUUAAUUUGAA